AAUUAAGCUAAGCUGGCAACACUGAAGAACGCAGAAAAACAAAUUCUUGCAAGUUUUAUAUCCCAGUGAAUAAAAAAGUGUAAAUUGCAAUCGAAAAUAGCCAAGCCGCGUGUUGCAUGCGGUCCUUGCAUUUGUCGAAGUGGUGUCAACGUUUUUCACCAGCCCCGGCGCAGAUGCCAUAACCAAAAAGCGAUCGGAAUUGUCGGCAGUUCCCUCCUAACAAUACUAAAAAAAAACAAAACAAAAUCAGACAAACACGAUAUCGGUUGCAUGUAUGCCAGUGCAUUUUAUGGACGCCUUAGACUUGACUGCCUGCGGAAGCCAGCCGGAGCUUGACCGGGUCAAGAGCCUGUCAUAAGACAGAAACUGAAACUAAAUCAGAAACCGCACCAGCAAAAAACCAAGUCCCAAGACAGUUGCACUGAUCACCACCACACCCAUUUAGCAUUCAGCUGCCCCUAAGCUAAGCAUCAACACUCACCAUACCAUCAUCAUCCAUCCGGGUAGAGCAAGAGCAUGAGCCUGUGGAAGCGCAUCUCCAGCCAUGCCGACUGCGAGCAGCGUAUGGCGGCCCACUACGAUGAGAAGGGUCUGUUUGACCUGCGCAUCUGCUUGGCGCCCUGGAUCGAAGACAGGAUAAUGUCGGAACAGAUCACACCCAACUCCACGGAUCAGCUAGAGCGUGUGGCACUCAAGUUUCACGAAGAUCUGCAACAGAAGCUUCUCUCCACACGCACCGCCAGCGAUCAAGCACUCAAAUACCGUGUGGUGGAGCUCUGCGCCCUCAUUCAACGCACCUCCGCCGUCGAGCUAUAUACGCAUCUGCGUACCGGCCUCCAAAAAGAACUGCAGCUGGCCACCGAAAAGAGCGUGGCAUCCACAGCAGGUCAAUCUAUGCCGCUUAAUUCGUAUAACAUGAACGCCGCCGCUAUGGCCACAGGCGGCUACAUGGACACCAAUGAGAUCUUGGGAGUCACCAACAGUUGCAAUCCAGUCCAAAAUAUGAGUGUCAUGCCGUGCACUGUCCAGAAUCCAGGCAUAGCUUCGCCUGCUUUAGGAAUGGCUGCACCCAAGGUUGAGUUGUACGACGUCCAGCACCAGAUUAUGCAGACCCUUAACGAGUUCGGCGCCUGCGGCAAUGCCCUGAAGCUGCUCGUCCAAAACUACAGCUACAUGUUGAACUCUACAGCGUCGCCCAAUGCUGAGGCGGCCUUCAAGUGUCUGAUCGAGGAGAAGGCGGCCAUCGUGAUCACAGUACGUCGCAGCUUUAUGUACUACGAAUCGCUGUACGAGAUGGUCUUCCAUGAGCUUAAGAACUGGCGCCGCCAGCAGGCUCUUGCCGGUAACGGGGCUCCGUUCAAUGAGGGAGCCCUCGACGAUAUUCAGCGCUGCUUCGAGAUGCUGGAGACAUUUAUUGCCCAUCUGCUGGCCGCCAUUAAGGAGAUAAUGCGUGUCCGCCUGGUCAGCGAUGAGCCGGAGUUGACACACCUUCACGAACAGAUCCAGCUCUCGCAGAAGAAUCUGGUCUGCUCCGCUUUCAUCGUGGACAAGCAGCCGCCACAGGUGAUGAAGACAAACACACGCUUUGCAGCCUCAGUGCGCUGGCUCAUCGGAUCCACACUGGGUAUUCACAACAAUCCUCCCACUGUUGAGUGUAUAAUUAUGUCAGAAAAUCAAGCGCAUCGGUUCGUGACUCGCGGCGCCCAGUUGGACAACAGCUUGGCAGGACAGUCGUCGGGCGAAAUACAGAACUGCUCCAGCACCAUGGAGUAUCAGCAGAGCAACCACGUUUUCUCGGCCAGCUUCCGUAAUAUGCAGCUGAAGAAGAUCAAGCGAGCUGAAAAGAAAGGCACUGAGAGCGUCAUGGACGAGAAGUUUGCCCUCUUCUUUUAUGCGACCACCACAGUGAACGAUAGUCAUCAGGUCCGCGUGUGGACUCUAUCCUUGCCCGUCGUGGUGAUCGUGCACGGCAACCAGGAGCCUCAGUCAUGGGCCACAAUCACAUGGGACAAUGCUUUCGCAGAGAUUGUCCGCGAUCCCUUUAUGAUCACCGAUCGUGUCAGCUGGGCUCAGCUUUCUGUGGCGCUGAACACCAAAUUUGCAUCGAGCACACAGCGCUCCCUGACCAUCGACAACCUGGACUUCAUUUACGAGAAACUCCAGCGUGAGGAGCGCUCUGAAUAUAUUACGUGGAACCAGUUCUGCAAGGAGCCCAUGCCCGAUCGAUCCUUCACCUUUUGGGAAUGGUUCUUUGCCAUUAUGAAACUCACCAAAGAUCACAUGUUGAACAUGUGGAAGGCCGGCUGCAUCAUGGGCUUCAUCAACAAGGCCAAGGCGCAAGAUGAUCUGCUGCGUUCACCCUCUGGCAUCGGCACUUUCCUGCUCCGCUUCUCCGACAGCGAGCUUGGAGGAGUCACCAUUGCCUAUGUCAACGAUACUGGAAUGGUCACCAUGCUGGCACCUUGGACUGCCCGUGACUUCCAGGUGCUUAACCUGGCCGAUCGCAUUCGUGAUCUUGAUGUGCUGCGCUGGCUAUAUCCCAGCGAUCGCAAUGCGCUCUGCGUAGAGCGUGACACCGCUUUCGGCGAAUUCUUCUCAAAGCGUCAGGAACCCUCGCCCGGCUACAAGAAGACCACCCUGCACGUCCAGGUUUGUAAUAGCAACGGCGACAACGGGUCCAUCAGCGGAACACCGCGACACGUAUCGACGCAUGAUGGCAUGCAGAUGGGAAAUGGCGACUUUGGGAUGGCGGACUUCGAUUCAAUGACGAACUUUGAGGUAUAUAACUAAACUUACUAUAAACUAUAUAGAAACGAAACCUGAAGAAGGUGUGUUGGCACCGCUAUCAUGGAAGUGGAUCGUAAACAACGAUUGGAACACACCGCCGUGAUCUGGCGGCGCGUCGUGACUCAUUUGUGCUAUUCGAAAUUAUUAUUUUAUGUUAUCUAGAUGUAAUUAUUAGAAUUUGGAAUGCAUCGUAGAGGCAGGUUUUGUUUGCUUUUGUGAAACGCCAAACAACUAUAACAACAACAACAACAAUACGAUCUACUAGAGCAAUGCAUGCAACACACAAAACACCACCCAGAACACUGACUAUAUCGAGACUAUGAGUGUGCUUGGACCUGGUCUGACUUGAGCAGAAUUUAGUACUUUAUGUUUUGUAUAAACUCUUUGGAAUGUGUCCGCAUGUUAUUCGUUUUAUAUUUUUAUAUAUAUAUGUACCAUCUAUAUAUAUCUAUAUAUCUGUAUACUUUGAUUUUUUGUACCACUAACCAGUAGUGAGAAAGCAUUACUUUUAGACGAUGAAUCGGUUUAGUUAGUGUGUAACUAUUUGUUGAAUCUAAAUUUUUGAUUUUGAUUUUAAUUUUAAACGAUUAAUCAUAUUUUGAAAUACAAACUACCUUCGCGUGCUAAGCCUAAGUUAAACGACGACGAGAAGAGAGAAGGAAUCAAUACGAUGAUAUAGCCACACGCAGAGAUUAAUUGCGUUUAUUUUAGUUUAUAGUUUAUAAGUAACAUUGUGAAUUGCUUUAUGUGAAGAACACACAACCCACUCCCCCCAUCCUAAAUUGGCUUCCAAUGCUGAAAAUGCGCAAAAAGUUUUAAGAAAUCCAUUUAUGUAUAUUUUUUUUCUCCUAUAACGUGAAUUUAAACUAUUUGUUUUCGAGUCAGGGCGCUGUUUGGAAUGCAUUUUAAAUGCACCAAUCAUGCCAAUUGCCUUUUUAGUCAGUUAUCAGAGACACACGACGAUUAUUACACUACAUAGAAAGCGUAAAUAUAAUACUUUAUGUUAACAACACACAACACUACACUCUAAGCUUUGUAUGUGAACCUUAAGAAUUUUAUAAGACUUAAGUACAGACCCAAAAUAAAUUCAUUAAAAAAAAACAA